AUGGCUUUCAGUGGGGCCGGUGUGACCGCUGUGGGCUCAGAAAAUGAAGCUCCCCAAAUUCCAGACAAUGUGGGAGACUGGCUCGAGGGUGUCUACCGCUUUGGCACCGACAGGAAUGACUUCCAGAGGAACUUGAUUCUCAAUGUGGGACUCUUUGCUGCAAGAGUGUGGCUGGUCAGAAAUUUGAAUGACAUUGACCUAAUGGUACCUCAGCCUGAGGUCUAG